UUCCUAAACAGCAAAAACCCGGCGUCGUAAGGCAACCGUAUCUUUAUUAUAAAAUCCUAAGCGAUGCGUUUCGACAGAACCCUAGAUCUCUCUAAGCCAUGGCUCUCGAUAAAUCUGCUCUGAACCAGAACAAGCCGCUCCGGUGGGGUGAGCUGGACGAGGACGACGGCGAGGAUUUGGACUUCCUUUUGCCGCCGAAACAAGUAAUUGGCCCCGAUGAGAAUGGAAUCAAAAAGGUAAUCGAGUAUAGGUUUAAUGAUGAUGGUAAUAAGGUUAAGAUCACGACAACGACCCGAGUACGGAAGCUUGCCAAGGCUCGGUUAAGUAAGAGUGCUGUGGAGCGCAGAAAUUGGGCUAAAUUUGGCGACGCUGUUCAUGAGGAUGUUGGUAGUAGGCUUACCAUGGUUUCUACUGAGGAGAUCUUGCUCGAAAGACCUAGAGCUCCAGGUACUAAAGUGGAAGAAACAAAGCUACCAGGGGAUAACUUGGCUCAAUUAGGUAAAGCUGGAGCUGUUCUCAUGGUGUGCAGAACUUGUGGUAAGAAAGGUGACCACUGGACUUCAAGAUGCCCCUACAAGGAUCUUGCUCCACAGUCAGAAGCCUUCACUGAUAAACCGCCAACAUCAGAGACUGCCGCUGCUGCUUCUGGACCUACAAAGGGUGCUUAUGUGCCACCAAGCAUGAGAGCAGGUGCAGAAAGACCUGCUGGAUCAGAUAUGAGGCGCAGGAAUGAAGAGAAUUCAGUUCGUGUCACCAAUUUAUCAGAGGACACUAGGGAGCCUGACUUGCUUGAACUGUUCCGUACAUUUGGUCCUGUGAGUCGUGUUUAUGUUGCUAUUGACCAGAAGACUGGUGUCAGCAGGGGUUUUGGCUUUGUAAACUUUGUAAACAAGGAAGAUGCUGAGAGGGCCAUCAACAAGCUCAAUGGAUAUGGUUACGAUAAUUUAAUCCUUCGAGUUGAAUGGGCGACACCCAGAUCUAACUAGAUUUUGAAGUUACAAUCUAAUAUCUGCUGGUGAUCACAGUUUUUGGCAUUCUAUUCUCAUCUUGAAGCCACCUUGCCAUUCUUCCAGGGAUUUUGUUGUUCAUAGUUAUCAUGUUUAAGAUUGAGUUGAUAGGAUCCUUUUAGCAAUCAACAAGAGAGACAUAAUUGUGUUAUUUUUAUGUUAUUGUAAUUGCGUUCCAUAAUUGGUUUCAGAAAUGGCAUAAUGCUUUAUUAUCAUUUACUUUUUAA